AGCUCGGGCGCGGGGUGUUUGCGUAGCGCGAGACGGUGUUUUUGUUGUGCUCAUCAGCUGGAAGUGGGAUUGCAGCUCGGCUCCGGUUUGACAAGCAGGAAGGAAGCACUCCGCCCCCCUCCCUACCUUACUAACUACCCCUAUUACACUCCCGCAUUCCUUCAACUGCAAGAAAAAUAGCUCCUGUGCCCGGGCCAGCAUGCCAGCUUUAGCGGCCGCUGUCCCCCUGGAUAAAAGGCUGCAGAGGCGAGAGAGCUGUCAGAUCCAUUAGUUACAAUGAAGUGAACUAAAGUCUCUUCACACAUGGGGAGAAGAAGAAAUCAUGGAGUCAAUGAUGUAAAUAAAAAACUUUGAGAGUGCCAACCUAGCGGAUGCUUUAGCAGAUGCUUGUCCUCAAGAAGACAGUCCAUUUUCAAUUGAGCCACUUGCAUAGGAUAACCGGAAGAGAGUUUACCCAUCAAUGAUGCCUCCUGGAAGAAAAAAAUACAGAGACUGUUCCAGUCUCAGAUGUCAGUGCUCCCCAUCCAUGGUAUAGAGAUGAUGAGUCCCCGAAUUCCCCCCCUACAGUCCUAAGGACAGCAUCAACACAGUUUGUUGGCAAACUGAGACUUUUCAGCUCCCGCCUUUUGGACUUCAGUCAGGAUUGAGAAUCUGAGAGUGUCGCUCCCUGAUAUGCCUAAUUCCAAGUACAGGGCUCAACUUUCUGUGACUGGCGAUCAUGUAGGCUGCAGAAACUGAAAUGUUACUGUUACAGAAAUUACUUGUAAAGAAGAAGUAUGAGGAGUACAAACCAAGGAGGAGAGAAGACAGUGUAGUGAAAGUGAAAAGAGAAGGCUGUCACGUAACGUGUGCAUAGUGCCACUUAUCCUGAGGAAAUCACGACUACAAUAGGAACUCUUCAAAGGAAGGCUGCUCUUGUUUAACUCUACAUUUCUUCUGUGACCUCGAUAACUAACUCAUCGUAAGCUCCCCAGUACAUGACCAAAAGAGGACCUGUUGGCUGGUUCCUUCUUUUGAAGGGAUGAAAAUGGGAUUCUGUGUAAAACAAUGGAUAUUGUUGGGAAAGAGUGACAGACCGGAGCUCUUGGCUUGGAUCCUGCCCCUGGUGGUUUUCUGAUGGAUCUCUUGGAUACUGGCCAUGUACAUCUUGUCAGUUGUUUCAAUCAUCAGACGUGAGUGAGCUCAAAGAGACAGCAAACAGGGGAUUUUGUUAUAAUUUUGGAAAUUUGGUUCCCUCGUUUCCAGUUAUUAACUGUCUUACUUCUGACACCCAUCUAAAUGUUGUUACACUUAAUAAGGCUAUGUUUGUUGCCGUUUCAAUGAUACACGGUGCACCAGAUAAAACGGAAGCAUUCCUAGGGUUUCUCUAAGGCUCCCUCCCCACUUCAUGGAGGCCGAACACAGCCAGCCGACUGGUGGGGAGCAAUCUAGUGGGUCAUAUCAGUCUCAUUCAGAGCAUUCCUUGCAAGAAACUGCACGACAAUCUUCACCAGCUCAACAGCUUCAUCUGCUUGCUUCCCACUUGCCCCAGACCACAGUAACGCAACAUUCCCAUCAUAGACAGUGUAGGAGGGAUGAACCUGAGGGUCAUGUCCAGCUGCAUUCACAGCACCCAUCCACAUUUCUUGUUUCUGGGAAAACGGAGAAAGACAGGCCAAUUUUAGAUAUUGCUUGGCAGUUUUCAGAUUCUCCUGGCCCUUCUGGGGCAGUUUUUUCCUCCACGUCCUCCAGCACCUCCUCUGUUUCACACCCACAGUUUAUUCCUCCUCACUCAGGAAAAGAGGUUCAAGAAGGAAGUUCCAGGAAAGAGCGUAAACCCCAAAAACCAGGCAAGUAUGUAUGCCAGUACUGUGGCCGCCCAUGCGCCAAGCCCAGCGUCCUGCAGAAGCACAUUCGAUCACACACCGGGGAGAGGCCAUAUCCUUGCAUUCCUUGUGGAUUUUCAUUCAAAACCAAGAGCAACCUUUACAAGCACCGCAAAUCUCAUGCUCAUAGGAUCAAAGCAGGCCUAGCAUCUAGCCGAGAGGGCUAUGCACAUGGUGGAACUGAUUGUGGUCAGCCAGGAGAAGAACAAGAAGAGCCCACUGAAGGGGAAAGCACUGACUCAGAGGAUGAAACAGGCCAGCAUACUCCGUCUUUUUCACAUGAACCCUUUGGAGGGCUAGAAACUCUGAAGGCAGGUAGCUCAGAGCUGUCUGCGAAAGAGGAAAGCCACCGUUUGGAUGAUUCUCAUGCCAUCAAGCAGAGGCUAGCUCUGCGUCUCAGUGAGAGAAAGAGAGUACCUGCUGCUCAGCCAGAUGACCUCCCUUCAUUCCUAAGUCCAGGUAGCAAAGGCAGCACAGAAUCUGGCUAUUUCUCCCGCUCAGAGAGUGCUGAGCAACCUGUGAGUCCACCCAAUGCCAAUGCUAAAACCUAUGCUGAAAUAAUCCUUGGCAAGUAUGGCCGAAUGGGUCAACAGCAACGGAACAUUCCAUCAGAACAGGUCCCACCCCCUACCUCUUCAUCUGCCCAAGAGGAUAAAGGGGCGCCUUUCACAGUGCCCAAAACACAAGUCAUUGAACACAUAACAAAGCUCAUCACCAUUAACGAGGCUGUCGUUGAUACUAGCGAGAUUGACAGCGUAAAGCCAAGGAGGACUUCCUUAUCUCGGAGGGGUAGUCUUGAAUCACCAAAAGCGAUGGGGCACAAGGAAGCUUUCAUUUUUGACACCAAGGCCGAAUUCCCCAGUAGCAGCACCACCUCAGGGGGAAUCGGUGGCAAUAUUGCUGUUGAUCCCAUUUACUCUCAGCUCACUGAUCCAGCUUUCUUAACCGGACCACCCCCAACAGUGCCUCUACUGAGAAGCCAUUCAAUGCCUUCCUCUGCUGACCCAAGUGCUGCACCCAGCUCCUCCCACAGCUUCCGCUUGAGCCACUCCUUUGAUGAGCGACAUGGCACAACGAGUAAGACCCGGGCUGGAGCAUUGGUGCCUCCACACCACCGCAUGCUGAAGCGACAGCCUGCCAUUGAGAUGCCACUAGGGACAGAAUUAAUUCCAGAGUCGACCCCAUCCUCGUCAACAGUCACACUCUCAUGUACUGAUCCUGGCCGAAAGAGGAGAGGGCCCAGGCUUUUUGAGUGUGAGGCAUGUGGAGCUCGUUACAAAAAAAGAGACAACUUUGAAACUCACAGACGCUAUUACUGCCCUAUCCGACCACCACCAGAAUCAGAAAGUGCAACACCUUCAUCGGCAGGCAGAGAAAAUCGCCCCCAAAUAAUGCAUCAUCGGCUGGAGGCCACUGCUGCCGCUGCUGCCAUGCGCAAGAGGAGAAAAGAAAAAAGCCUUGGUGAUGAGGAAGAGACUGCGGCUUUCAUCCCAAGACCAGGUACGGUGGAGGAUAGUUCCAUUCCUUCUGCCAGUUUCCCCUCCAUGUCCUUGACCUCACCCAUUCCAUGCAGUUCCUUAGAAGAAGGCUCAUCCAUUCCCAGCAUACUAACUAGAAAAAGUGCAAUUGGUAGCCCUUUAAAGAAAGACCCAGAUGUGAGGAAAACAGGGAAAGAGAUCUCCGUGAUCCAACAUACCAGUUCCUUUGAGAAGCAGGAGUCCAUCACCAUGAGCCAAGAAUGUGAGGAGAGGACUCGAGAGUCUUCACCUCCAAGGCAGGAACAAGCACAGCACCAACUGCCUAAGCCUCCCACUUUCUCCCGGCUGGUACGACAACACAAUAUUCAAGUACCAGAGAUCUUGGUGACUGAAGAGUCCGAUGCAGAGGUUGUGGUAGUGACACCCACUACUGCUCCACCCAAAGAGCCAGAGAAGCCAGAAGAAUUUCAGUGGCCUCAGAGAAGCCAGAGUCUGGCCCAACUACCUGCUGAAAAGCUGCCACCCAAGAAAAAGCGUUUGAGGCUUGCAGAGGCUGCACAGUCUUCAGGGGAGUCGAGCUUUGAGUCCGUCUCCCUGCCUCGGAGCCCCAGCCAGGAAAGUAGUCUAUCCCACACUUCUAGCCGAUCGGCCUCUUUUGAAGAAGCAAGCAAACCUGACCCAGACUCUCAGCAAUCCACCAGCCGGGCUUCCCAGGGGACUCACAUGCUGACUGUGCCAUCGGGACCUUACCAACAUCAUCAUCCUCAUCGAGAAAUGAGACGUUCUGCUUCAGAGCAGGCGCCCACCAGUGCCCCACACCCAGCACAGAUAGUGGAGACAAGGAGCAAAUCUUUUGACUUUGGUUGCCUCUCUCCUCAGCCCUCCUCUGCAGCCUGGAGGGAGAGACGAAAAUGCCUCUUGGUGAGGCAAGCCACUCUUGGAGAGUCGGACCCUGAGGAUAGAUCAAUCAAGCUAAUGCCACCCGUUUGUCUACCUUACAGGGGCCCAACACCAGCACUUACUGAGGAAGGACCAGCUCUUACUUCUUCAGUGAUAAAUCCGGACCCCUUAGUAAAAUCUUUGCACCUUCUUCAACCCCCACCCAUUCCCAUCUUACACGAUAUCCCACCUGCAGUUCCACACAUGAGCCGUCUACCACCACCAGUACAAGGACAGGCGGUCCAGAUGUUCCCUGUCCCUGGUGUUUCGGACAUGCUUUCUACUCAGAUGGUUCCACAUUCAUUUCUUCACGCCUCCCAGCAAGUCUACCCAGCUCAGGUUCACUUAGCCGAACACCUGAGACUAACGGUACCUCAGUAUCCUUCUCACCUUCCCCUUCAGUACCCCUCAGAUGCUACUCCAGCCCUCUUUCUUCCCAUGACAUCUCGAAUGGCCCUCCAGUUGCCAGCAGACUCUUCCAGAGAAAGCAAAACCUUGGCGCCUCCUUCUGCACAGUGUCACAGUCUCCAGUACCCUAGGCCAGUGAUUGCUCCCAGCUCGGAACCGUUGAGGCCAGUGGUUUCCUUAGUAGUGCCUGUUCGUAUCCAAACUCAUCUGCCUACUUAUGGCAGUGCAAUGUAUACUACAGUCUCACAAGUUGUAGUCUCCCCCGAAUCACCACAUUCUGCAGUGGUCGUCAGUAAAAUGGAAGAUGACAGACCUCGGACCCCAUUUCUGAAGAUUCCCACAAUUGAGUAUAAAGCCUAUUUGCCCAUGACCUUGCCAGUGGUGUCAGCAGUUGCUGGAGGGUCUGAAGAAGGAUAUGGACCUUCUACGGCUGGGGGGAACAAGCGCAUGCUGUCUCCAGCAGGAAGCCUGGAGCUGAGUGUAGAGGCCCAACGACAGCAAAAGCGAGUGAAAGAAGAGGAGCAGGAAGAAGAAGAUGAAGAUGGAAAAAGUAGCUUAAAGAUUGCCUUACUGAAAGAAGGAAAGAAGUCUGAGGACGAAAGAGGAGAAGGAGAGAAAUUUAAGGCAUGUGAGCAAAUUCCAGUGAGAAAAUCUGAGUCAAUAAAAGAAGAGGAAGAGACUGCAGAUUUCAUAAAAGUCAGGGGCACUGGCCUCAAGAAGGGUUCAUCCUCCUACCCAAGUCUUCACACCACUACCACAGUCAGCUGGUGUUACCUGAACUACAUCAAGCCCAACCCUACCACCCAGAGUGAUUCCCACACAUCGGUUUAUUCUUCGUGGUGUAUCAGCAUGCACAAUCCCAACCUCCCUGGCUUAUCCACCAGAGUGGCCCUGUCACUGCUGCACUCAAAACAGAAGUCUAGUCCUGAGAUAUACACCAUGGCCACAGCGCCUCGGCCCACUGUCGGAAAACUUGUGCCAGCUAACUCCAGGAAGCCCAGGAUGUCUGAGGUCCCACUUCCUUCCUCCAAUACUCCAGAAUCUAAGAAGGAAACAAUAAAAUCCGAGAAAGAGGAGGAAAAGAAAGGCAAACGCGAAGAAGAACCUUCAACUUCAAAGCGCUCUGAGCCGUCUCGCAUUCGCAUCUUUGAAGGCGGGUACAAAUCCAAUGAGGAAUAUGUUUACGUUCGUGGCCGGGGUCGAGGAAAAUACGUGUGUGAGGAAUGUGGGAUUCGCUGCAAGAAGCCUAGCAUGCUAAAGAAGCAUAUCCGGACACAUACAGACGUUAGGCCUUAUGUGUGCAAGUACUGCAACUUUGCCUUCAAAACUAAAGGGAAUCUGACAAAACACAUGAAGUCAAAAGCUCAUGGCAAAAAGUGCCAAGAGAUGGGUGUGUCGUGCUCUUCGGUUGAUGAACUUGAGGCAGAAGAAGGAGGAACAACCGGAGAACGAACAGGAGGAUCAGAGGAACAGGAGGAGCACCAAUUCUCAGAUGUGGAAGAAUCUGAGGAAGAGGAAGACAAUGAGGAAGAUGAAGAUGAAGAAGAAGAAGAGUCCCAAGAAGAUCCACUUUCAUCCUGCUCUCCAGACACUCGACAUUCCAGUCAGUCUACUGGAGGGCGUUCUGACUGUGGCCAGUCAUCACAACCAGAAACUCCAGAGUCUCAUUCCUCUCAUCCUCUUGAUAGAGAACAUGCUGCUCGGUCACAGGACUAUCCCUCUCCCAGGCGGCACUGGCCUGUCGGCCGAGAAGCCUCCCCAGCCAGCAAGAGGUCCUUAUUUUCUCGAAGGCACUGGGAAUCUUCUCCAAGACAAGGCUCUCCAUUGCGCUGUUUAUCCCCUGGACAAGGAUUGUCCCCAGUGCGGGCUCUGUCCCCUGGCAGAGAAGCCUCCCCACUGCGAUGCAUUUCCCCAAGACCUGAGCUUUCUUCUCCUAGUCGUCACCUUUCUCCUCAUCAAGAUGUAUCCCCUGGCACCUACAUUUCUCCUGAACGAGGCCAGUCUCCCAUUAGGCAACCUUCUCCCAGUAGAGACAUUCCAGGAAUUCGAUACUUAUCACCUCAAAGGUUGGCUUCUCCAGGCUCUGCUGAAGUAGCCCAAAGUCAUACCUUCUCCUUACCUCCAGCGACAAUGCUGAGUGCAGAGCCCGAAUCAUCAGGUGAAAUAAGUAUGCAGAGGCUAGCUGGUCCUGGGGAUUUACCGAUUUCAGUGGAGAGAACCUCUUUUUCGCCCACACUCAGAUUUUCUCACAUGCCAUUACCUUCGCACACCUCGGCCAGGACAGAAGAUUACAUCUUCAGCCAUCUUCCACUGCAUUCCCAGCAUUCGUCCAGGGCCCCUUAUGUCAUGAUCCCUAUCGGUGGAAUCCAGAUGGUGCAAUCCAGACCUCUCUCACAUGGCAGUUUGACUGCUGCUACUUCAAUGUCCUUAAAUCUGGAAUCCCCUUCGGCAGGCACCAGGUCUGUCACACACAGACAGCUCCCUGGAAAAAGGAGGAAGGAGAGCACAGCAGGGUUGCUGACACCUGGUGCAAUGGAAGCCAAGCAGGGCCCCUCUGGCCUUUCCUCGAUUUCUGCCAGAGAGGAGAGAACCCAAGAGCACAAAGCUCUCGUAUCAGAGGAUUACAGGGUACAACACGGUGACGUGAGGACCAGCCUUUCAAGGCAGUGCACGGGCAGGCUGGACAUUGCCGGUGCAAGCCAGGCUCUGCAGACUGGCGGAAAGGAAGUCCAGGAGGAGACGGGCAUAAAGCAAUAUGGCAGCUCAUGCACUUAUUCCCAGACAAGCACUUUGGCGGCAGAGUUCCCCUCACAUAGCUUAGACAGGAGUGCCAGCGCAGGUAACCUGUUGGAGUCGUCAAUGAGCCAUCCGCCAGGUUCAGGACACAGGAGGAGAAACCUGUCUGGUGAGCCCAUGCUUCUGUUGGGAUGUCCGAGGAGACGAACCCCAGAGGCUGGAAGCAGUGUGGGACACGGCAAAGACAAUGAAGCAGGAAGCACUUAUCAGCCUCCUCCCCUGACUUAGCGUAGACUCAUGGAGUCCUCUGGGCCUUUUUCUUUCAUUUUUGAUUCAUUUAUUUUAUCUGCCAUUUUUUUUUCAACACUAUUGCUGCCAACUAUGUAAGAUUACAAUAAGACGCAUCUUAAAAUGUCUCUAAUCUGCAUAUCACAGUAUACAUGCAGACACACACACUUACGAUGAUAUAAUAUUUGUAAAUGACCAAAACCCAUUACGGACGCAAAAUAAUUGUUACUUUGUUAGUCUCAUGUUCAGUAUUACUCAAAUGUACAGUUUUCUUUGUGCCUUUUCUGUAUAAGAUUAGUUGCUUGAAAUAUAGAGAAAAAAUGUUUUAAGGCUGUGAAUUUUUUAAAUAAAAUUCUUUGUGUACAAACUGUGGGAGGGCUGGGAUUGGGGUGGGGGGCAGUUGGGAAAGGCAACUUUUUUUUUUCCUUCUGACAUUUUCUGACAAGUCAGGGUCAGGUAUUGGAGGAGAAAAGCUGUAAGCUUUGCAAAGAUAAUGCACUGAAGACAUAUUUUUUAUAUUAAUAAAAUUUAGAUCCAAUGUCUGUGUACAGAUACAAAGAAGUCUAUGGUACGUAUUUAUUGCCGUGUUUAAACUUUAUUAAACUGCAUUUUUGUUUCCCUUUUUAA